CGGGGCUGCCCACCUAGACACGCUGAGGAGCAUGGCGAACCUGGCAUCAAUAUACUGGAACCAGAGCUGGUGGGAGGAGGCCAAGCAGCUAGAGGUGCAGGUGGUGGAGACUCGCAAGACCAAGCUCGGGGCCGAUCACCUAGAUACUCUGACGAGCAUGUAUAAUCUCGCUUUCACUUGGGAAGAUCAAGGUCGACACUCGGAUGCUUUAGCACUAAUGAGGGACUGUGCCUAGGCCCGACAGCGCGUGCUUCCCACGGAGCACCCCGAUACGCUAUCAUUAUUAGCCGCUGUCGCUAAAUGGAGUAGCUAGAGCGUCUUGUCUAAUGGAUACGGCCUAUUGUAAUCCGGAUAUUCACUUUGGUUUUUGUCUCUGAUACGAGGACAUACACCUCCACCAGGGUCACAAACCUUACAGACCAGGGUGCUGACCAGGGUGCUGGCAAGGUGGCGAACCAUGGCCCAGUUUGCCAAGCCGACCA